GUCGGGUUGGGCAGCAAUGCAACUUGAUUGCGCACAGACAUGGUAGUGAACGGCUCAUUUUUCAAGGCACAGCUUUGCAAUGCUCAUAACUUAUCAACGCCGCUGCCGGCAUUGCAAGCACUAGUCAUAUGAUAGGCGAGAAGGAAUGCCAUGACGCCUGGCAGGGUCCUUCGAGCUGUGGUGUGGCGGAGCAGAAUGAUCUGAUGACAGGUAACGAUGAUUACGGGUGCGCAGGAGCUGUGACGGUAAAUGAACAUCAACAAUGUGAAGGGCGGCCUGAGUUGAAGGGGAGAGAGGAGGAGGAGGAGGGGGAGCCUGCUGCUACAGAGACGGAUGUGUCCCAUACGUGUGACGGGACAACAUUGGCGGUCCCGGCAGUUCCGGGGACCACAAGGCCAUCUGAUGGUCCAAGGACACUGACGUCCUGCCAAGCAAGGAAUGAUGUACGCCUGCAAACUCCGUCACUUGCCGAAAACUCUUCUCUUGGAGGGAGCGAUGUGCACUCGUACAGUGGCAAGAGAAAGGGUUGCUCAGGCAGGAACCAGCAGCGGAAGAUAUCCAGCUUUUUCCUGAAAGGUGCUACGAGUGAGCGCGUGUCAUCGCCUGUGACUGGCAGUGAUAAGUGCAGCAGUGGGUAUUGCAAGAUUAACUCCAAGGGUUGCUUUAAGCUGUCAGUGGGGUCCAAGUGGAAGUCACAGGAGGGAGACGGGAAGGAGAACGGCAAAAAAUUGAGCCGCGAGGAGGAAGAAGCAGGCAAACGAACAAAUAAAGCGCGAGAGGUAUUCCAGAAUGAUGCAGAGCAAAGCAACACUAAGAAUUGGCCGGAUUGGCAGGAAGACAAGGGGAAGAAGUGGAAGACGAAACACAACAACGUGUUUGAGAUUUUGAAACUUCAUUCCAAAUCCCCUGCAAUCAGACGGACUGGCAUCACGGAGCUGGCUCCGAACAGGGUUUACCGGGAACAAUAUUUCAUUGAUGCAGGGCAGUCGGAUUUUACCUGCACAACAUGCGAUGUAUGUGGACUUGUGUAUGCAAGGGGGGUUGAGAAGGAUGAAAAGGUUCAUGCAAGGGUACAUCGCCGUCAUCUGGAAGGAAUUCGAUUUGAGGGAUGGCAGCAGGAGCGUGUGGUGAAAACAUUUGAGAAUGAAGGGGGGCGGAUCAUUGAAGUCAAGGCAGAAGAUCCACAGAUGCGGAGUUCGAAGGUGUGCAAUUCACUAUGAACAACUCGUUAUUCAGAGGAUGUUGCAUUUGUUUGUUGCAAGGGUUGCUCUAACACAGCGGUCUGUGGAGAAGCAGGAAAGAAUGCUACCUUUCUAAAGUUUUUUUUCUUUUUCUUUUCUUUUCAAGUCAUCCUUGCGCAGGGGCCCUUCCGAAGGGGCCAUGCUAAUCUUCUCUGUACCGUUCCAAUUUUAACAAAUCUCCCAAUUUGAG